CCCACGUAAAUAAAGUUGUUAUUUUUAUAUUUUUUUCGAUCGAACGCAUAUAGGGUUUUGAAAACAAAUCCGACGAUCCCCACGCUCGAUCCCUCCUCUCCAUCGUCGUACCCGGCUCCAUCCCCAUCUUCGUCUCCGGCUCUGGCUCCGGCUCCAUCGAAAGAGGAGGAUCAUGACGACGGCGGCGCGGCCGACGUGGGCGCCGGCGAAGGGGGGGAACGAGCAGGGCGGCGCUCGCAUCUUCGGCCCCUCCCAGAAGGCCUCCUCCCGCGACCAAGCCGCGCACACCACCCUCAAGCCCAGGAAAGAAGGGCAGGGUACCCAAGAUGAGUUGCAGAAGAGGAACCUCCGGGAGGAGCUGGAGGAGCGCGAGCGCAGGCACUAUGUCUCCAAGGACAAAUCCUUUACCGAAGAAAGAGACAGAAGGAAAGGGUCAAGCACAGGCCAGCUUCUCUUGGAAGGGACAAAGAGGGAAGUUGAGGACAGGAUUAUUCCAAGAAAUAUAGAUGCUGAUGACUCUGAUGUGGAAUCCGAAAGUGAUGAUGACAGCGAUGAUGAUGACGAUGACGAUGAUGAUGACACUGCGGAACUUAUGGCUGAGCUUGAGAAGGUAAAGAAAGAAAAAGCGGAGGAGAAGCUUCGAAAGGAGCGAGAGGAGCAGGAAGAAGAGCUCAAGGUGAAAGAGGCGGAAUUGAUGCGAGGAAACCCACUGAUAAAUCUGAAUAACACCACCUCCUUCAAUGUCAAAAGAAGGUGGGACGACGAUGUCGUGUUCAAGAACCAGGCUCGCGGGGAGACGAAGACCCCGAAACGAUUCAUCAACGACACCAUCAGGAACGAUUUCCACCGCAAGUUUCUGCAGAAGUACAUGAAGUGAGUGAUGGUGUUUCCGAUCGGAGAGGCAGGGUUAUGCUGUGAUAAAUACAAAACUAUUCAUUUUAAUCCAUAGCUGCAGUGUGAAUCACGAUUACGUCUCCUUGGUGGUUUGUUUGUAAAUUCACUGUUAAUCGGUAAGUACGUAUGCAAGAUUGACGAAACUAAGCGGCAUCUUAAAGUUUCGAGGGGUCGCGAAGUAGGGUAUAUGGGAUAUGAUAUGAUCACUCUCUCUACUUGUUGCAAGGAAAUUGUCACUAUGCUUGGAUCUAUGAUCUUAAUAUUUAUUGAUUAGCGCGCGUGUCAUGAUCAAGAACAAGAAUGUGUGAGACAUUUUAGCUUAUGAGUUUUUUUUUUUUCCUUUUUUGAAAAAGUACUUCUAUGGUCGGAUUACUUUUAUGUGCAGAGGAUUUAAGCCUAAUAUUGUUGGGAAUCUUAGUUUUUUAAUUUCAUGGA